AACCUGAAGAAGAGCUGGCACCCGCAGACCCUGCGCAAUGUGGAGAAGGUGUGGAAAGCCGAGCAGAAGCAUGAAGCCGAGAGGAAGAAGAUCGAGGAGCUGCAGCGGGAGCUGCAGGAGGAGCGGGCGCGGGAGGAGAUGCAGCGAUACGCCGAGGACAUGGGCACCGUGAGGAAAAGAGAAGAGAAGUUGGAGUGGAUGUACCAGGGUCCUGGAGGCAUGGUGAACAGAGAGGAGUAUCUCAUGGGUCGCCCCGUGGACAAAUUCAUCUUUGAGAAGAUGGAAGACAAGGAUGCAGGCUGUUCCAACGAGACAGGACUUCUCCCAGGCUCCAUUUUUGCCAAGUCAGGUGCCAAUUCUGUCCUGGAUAUGGCAAACAAAAUCCGGGAGGAUCCGCUUUUCAUGAUAAGGAAGAAAGAGGAGGAAAAGAAGAGAGAAGUGCUGAAUAAUCCUGUGAAAAUGAAGAAAAUCAAGGAACUGCUGCAAAACAGUUUAGAUAAAAAAGACAAAAAGAAGAAGAAAGAGAAGAAGAAGAAGCACAAGAAGCACCGACGGCGCAGCUCCAGCAGUGGAAGUGACAGCAGUGAGGAGGAGCGAAGCAAAACGAAGUCUCAGAAGAGGAUGAACAGUUCCUCCUGGAGACCUGCUCCUCCCAGAGUCCCAGGAUAUGGCUUACAAGUUAGAGACUCUGACCAGAGCCACAGGUCUCGGAGCUCUCCAGUUGCCACCCAGGAGAGGGUGUCCCACAGGCACCGGGAUCGCUCCAGGUCCAGGAGUCGGUCCCGCUCGAGCAAGAAGAAUUCAGAGCAGGCUGGAUGCAGGGGCUCAAGAUCCCCUCUAAGACACAGCAAACAGCACAGCAACCGGGAGGAGAAAGGGAGAGCCAGAAGCCCUUCCCCUAAAAAGAGCUACCGACGACAGCAGACUCAGGGUUACACAAGAAAGAUCUCUCCAGAGGAACUAGAGCGUAAACGCCAGGAAAUGAUGGAAAAUGCCAAGUGGCGGGAAGAGGAGAGAGCAACCAACCUCAGGAAGCACCAAAAGGAGGAGGAGCUGGAGCGGGAGCUGGAGAAGCUCGACUCCAGAGAUGGGAAGUUCUUCAAUCGCUUAAAACUGGAGAGUGCAUCUACUUCCACCCUGGAAGAUCGGGUGAAGCGCAAUAUCCACUCCCUCCAGAGGACUCCUGCUGCCUUGGAAAGAAACUUUAUGCAGAGAUGA